CCUUAGACGUCAUUUGGCAUGGGAUUGUUUCUAAGCAUUGAAUCUCAGAGCAUAUAAGCUGAAGGUGGGGAGCUCAUAUACACUACAUUGCAACAGUGGAGCGAGAAGACAUCACAAUUCUAAGAACAAGUGAACAGCAGCAAACCAGUACUAAACCAACAGAACCACCAUGGCUACGACAUUGAUCUUUGGUGGAUCUGGCAAGGUCGCCCGCCACAUAACCCGCAUCCUCUCCUCCGAAGGCGGCAUCGUCCACAGCAUCAUCCGCAACCCCUCCCAAAAACCCGACAUCGAAUCCCUCGGCGGCCGUCCCAUUGUCCAAAGCAUCGAAGACUCCUCUGUGGAAGACUUCAUCCAAACCAUCAAAUCCACGCAACCCAACACCGUAAUCUGGGCCGCAGGCGCAGGCGGCGGAUCACCCGAACGAACACAAAAAGUCGACUACGAAGGCGCAGUGAAAGCCGCAGAUGCCACCGCCGCAGCAGGCGUAACAAAACGAUACAUCAUCAUCUCAGCCCUCGAUAUCAGAGAUCGCGAGAAUAAACCUGAACCAGAAUGGUACGAUGACGCAGAUCGUGAUCGGUCGAAUAAAGUUUGGAAUGCCAUUGGACCGUAUAUGAGAGCCAAGUAUGCGGCUGAUAAGGAUUUGGUGGAGAAUAAUGGGAGGAGAGGAUUGGAGUAUACGAUUGUGAGGCCUGGGGGGUUGUCGGAGGAUGCUGGGACGGGGAAAAUUGAUGCCGGCAAGGUGCAUCUAAACAGGACAAUUCCCAGGGAAGAUGUUGCGAGAGCGGUGGUGGAGGUUAUUAAGAAUGAGGGGACGAAGGGGUUGGCGUUUGAUUUGGUGGGUGGGGAUGAGUUGAGUGUGAAGGAGGCGGUGGAGAAGGUUGCGAAGGGGAGGAUUGAUACUUUUGAGGGGAGGUAUUAGAUGUAUCCUUCUCAGCCCCUUGGAGAGCAGCUGGUGCCAGGUGCAUUCGCGCAGCACAGCACACCACAUGUGUGACUGCCAACUAGUGGGGUUUCGCGGUGACACAGAAAUAUCACAUCGCAGAACAGCAUUACCACGCAACAAUUGCUGGUAUGAGAAGCGUAUAGUAUAUUGACCUCAUCGAGCGAGCUUAUGAAUCACAGAUACUUGGUCCUUCCCUGGAGAGGCUCAACCUCGUAUUGGGAGAAUCCAACACGCUUCGUUCCUUGCUGCUGCUCGUCUGUUCCGGUUGUCAAAACACCAUACAUCAACGCUUUCAUUGCUGCCUCCCCUCCUUCGCCACAAUUCGCACAAGCAGCACUGAUC